AUGGUGAUCUAUGUCCUAGGUCGAGCGACAGCAGCGUCAAGCCAGCGGCGGUGGACGUUUCUCCGCCUGAAGCAGCACCGGGAGAGCAGGACGGGAGAGCAGCACCGGGAGAGCAGGACGGGAGAGCAGCACCGGGAGAGCAGGACGGGAGAGCAGCACCGGGAGAGCAGCACCGGGAGAGCAGGACGGGAGCCGCGAUCCAGCAGCGGGAGUUCCCUUUCUGAUGGAGGCGAGGAGAGAGAGGGAUGGGACCAGACAGGGAGAGAGGAGAGAGAGGGAUGGGACCAGACAGGGAGAGAGGAGAGGGAGGGGGGAGAGGGACGGGCAGGGAGGGCAGGAUGGAGGGAGGGCAGAGAAACCAGUGUAGUGCAGAGUUAUAGCUUCGACUCGUACCAGCUGGAGGAAGAGGAGGGGACCAAGGGAACGCCGAAGAGAGGGGUGCUGGCCCUGUCAGAGCCGACCUUUGAGGUGCCAGUCCCUGAAGACCGUUACCAUGGUAUCUACUUUGCGAUGCUAUUGGCUGGCGUGGGCAGUCUCCUGCUUCCUUAUAACGUGGAUUACCUUCACCACAAGUUCCAGGGAUCCUCCAUCGUGUUUGAUAUGAGUCUGGUGUAUAUCGUGGUCGCUCUUGUCGCAGUCAUACUAAACAACAUCCUUAUGGAGAGGAUCAGUCUACACACACGAAUCACCGUGGGUUACCUGUUCGCUCUGAGUCCUCUGGUGUUCGUCAGCGUGUUUGAUGUGUGGUUGGAAUCCUUCACCACCAGACAGGCUUACAUCGUCAACCUCUUCUCUGUUGGGUCCGUUGCCUUCAGAUGUACAGUGCAGCAGUCCAGUUUCUAUGGUUACAUGGGGAUGCUGCCCAAGAGAUACACACAGGGGGUGAUGACUGGAGAAAGUACAGCAGGUGUAAUCAUCUCUCUGAGUCGUAUCUUCACUAAACUCCUGAUCAGUAACGAGAGGAUAAACACACUCAUCUUCUUCCUGGUGUCCAUCACCAUGGAGAUGAUCUGCUUCCUUCUCCACCUCAUUGUCCGUCGCUCACGAUUCGUCCUUUACUACACAGGCCCCACCCACCGGGGUAACAGCCUGGGGAAAGGUCAUGACAUUGGGUCGGAGGUCAGCGGGACAGGAUACAGGGUUCACCACGACGUCACUACAGAGGAAGGUAACGGAGUGGUGGCGACGAAGUCGCCAUCUGAUGAUGUCACAGAUGAGUUCACAGGAGGGACGUACGUUCGGUUUGGAGUUCCUAAAGACAAGAUCCGGAGAAGCUGGCCUGGACUACGAGAUAUGUUUCUUCACAGGUACAUCGUUGCCAGAGUGAUCUGGGCCCACAUGUUGUCUAUAGCAGUGACCUAUAGCAUCACUCUGUGUCUGUUUCCUGGUCUGGAAUCAGAGAUACGCAACCCAACCCUGGGGGAGUGGCUACCUAUACUCAUCAUGGCCACAUUCAACAUGGCCGACUUCGUAGGCAAGAUCCUGGCUGCAUUGCCCUAUGAGUGGACGGGGGGUCACCUGCUCCUCUUCUCCUGCCUGCGGGUGGUCUUCAUCCCUCUGUUGGUGAUGUGUGUGUACCCCUCCUCCACCCCAACCCUGUCCCACCCCGCAUGGCCCUGUCUCUUUUCUCUCCUCAUGGGCGUAACCAACGGUUACUUUGGAUCGGUCCCCAUGAUACAGGCUGCUGGGAAGGUCCCGCCGGAACAGAGAGAACUAGCAGGUAACACUAUGACUGUAUCGUACAUGACAGGGUUGAUGUUGGGAUCAGCUGUGGCCUACGCUGCCUAUAGCUUCACUGCACCGGGCUCAAACACACACACACUCACCAACAUCACCACAGGGUAUUGAACACACACACACACACACACACACACACACACACACACACACACACACACACACACACACACACACACACACACACACACACA